GAAGAAGUACAACACACUUAUUAAUAACAACAAGAUGGCUGUUGGUAAAAAUAAGAGACUUUCCAAAGGUAAAAAAGGUCUUAAGAAGAGAGUUGUCGAUCCAUUCACCAGAAAAGAAUGGUUUGAUAUCAAAGCUCCAUCAACCUUUGAAAACAGAAACGUUGGUAAAACUUUAGUCAACAAAUCAACUGGUUUGAAAAACGCAGCUGAUGCUUUGAAAGGUCGUGUUGUUGAAGUUUCAUUAGCUGAUUUACAAGGUUCUGAAGAUUACUCUUUCAGAAAUGUUAAAUUAAGAGUUGAUGAAGUUCAAGGUAAAAACUUGUUGACCAACUUCCACGGUAUGGAUUUCACUUCAGAUAAAUUAAGAUCAUUAGUUAGAAAAUGGCAAACUUUGAUUGAAGCUAACGUUACUGUUAAAACUUCAGAUGACUACGUUAUCAGAGUUUUCGGUAUUGCCUUCACCAAACGUCAAGCUAACCAAAUCAAAAAAACCACUUAUGCUCAAUCAUCUCACAUCAGAGCUAUCAGAAAAGAAAUGGUUAACAUCAUCACCAAAGAAGUUCAAAACUCAACUUUAGCUCAAUUAACCUCAAAAUUGAUUCCAGAAGUUAUUGGUCGUGAAAUGGAAAAAGCUACUAAAGGUAUCUUCCCAUUACAAAAUGUUCACAUCAGAAAAGUUAAAUUAUUAAAACAACCAAAAUUCGAUUUAGGUUCUUUAUUAGCUUUACACGGUGAAGCUUCAUCUGAAGAAAAAGGUAAAAAAGUUGCUGGUGGUUUCAAAGAUGAAAUUUUAGAAACUGUUUAAAUUGACUUGAACUUAUAACACAACAAAAAAAACUAUUUGUAAUUUCUUAGAUUAUUGACUGUAGUGAUUUUGCAUUGAUUAUCCUGGAAUUGUAUGUAUCUAACUUUAAGUUUUACUAUUAUCAACUUUCCAUUGUUCGAAACUUUUUUAAUUUUUUGGUGCUUUCAGAUCAAUGAUAUACCAAUUACCAACUUAUUCUCAACUUAGGCGCUAUCAUCAAUUGACCUUUCUCAUCCAAAUCGAACUCUCCCUACUUUUCACUACAAUUAACACUUAUCAAUCGAAAACCCCAAACUAUCUAUUCUAUUAGAAAUUACAAAU